CAGCGGGCGACGGGGGGCGCGCCGCGCGGGUCGAGCUGGCGGCGGAACCCAGCUCGCAGUGCUGCCCGCGCUUCCCGGCGUCCGCGCCCGCGGCCCGUGCCCGCCGUGCCCGCCGUGCCCUUUCCGCCAUGGCCGCGGCCACCCUCGCGCCCAGACCCGGGUCCCGGCCGCUGCCUCUGCUCCUGCUGCUGCUGCUGCUGCUGCACGCCGGCUCCGUGCGCGCCGACAGUAAGGUGUUUGGCGACGUGGACCAGGUGCGCAUGACCUCGGAGGGCUCCGACUGCCGCUGCAAGUGCAUCAUGCGGCCGCUGAGCAAGGACGCGUGCAGCCGCGUGCGCAGCGGGCGGGCGCGCGUGGAGGACUUCUACACGGUGGAGACGGUGAGCUCCGGGACCGACUGCCGCUGCUCCUGCACGGCGCCGCCCUCCUCGCUCAACCCCUGCGAGAACGAGUGGAAGAUGGAGAAACUCAAGAAACAGGCACCCGAGCUCCUUAAGCUGCAGUCCAUGGUGGAUCUCCUGGAGGGCACCUUGUACAGCAUGGACCUGAUGAAAGUGCACGCCUACGUCCACAAGGUGGCUUCCCAGAUGAACACACUGGAAGAGAGCAUCAAGGCCAACCUGAGCCGGGAGAACGAGGUGGUGAGGGAGAGCAUGCGCCACUUCAGUGAGCAGCUGAAGCAUUAUGAGAACCACUCGGCCAUCAUGAUGAGCAUCAAGAAGGAGCUCUCCAGCCUGGGCCUCCAGCUGCUGCAGAAGGACGCAGCCACAGCACCUGACGCUGCCCCGGCCACCGGCCCUGGGAGCAAGGCUCAGGACACAGCUGGAGGGAAAGGCAAGGACAACAAAUAUGGCACCGUGCAGAAGAGCUUUGUAGACAAGGGCCUCCCAAAACCUCCUAAGGAGAAGCUGCUGAAGGCGGAGAAGCUGAGGAUGGAGGGCGGUAAGAGCAGAUUCCCCCGGCCCACAGCCAAGCCCCGGGCCCUGGCCCAGCAGCAGGCCGUGAUCCGAGGCAUCACCUACUACAAGGCAGGCAGGAAGGAGGCUCCGGAGGCCAUGGCUGACAACGCCCUCAAGGGCACUUCCUGGCUAGAGCAGCUGCCACCCAGGGCAGAGGGCAGGCCACCCGAGCCCAACUUGGCAGAGCGUGACGAGGCUGGACCCAGGGCCUCCGAGAGAGCGGACUCGGCUCCUGGCACCCCCACGUCGAAUCCCACCACCACCUCUACCCCGACUCCCACCACCAGUCCCCUGCCCACCGAGCCACCUCCACGCCCAGAAGUCCCCAGCCAAGGCAAGGAGGCGAGCUGUGAGGGCACCCUCAGAGCCGUGGAUCCCCCCGUGAGGCACCACAGCUACGGGCGCCACGAGGGAGCCUGGAUGAAGGACCCUGCUGCCAGGGAUGACAGGAUCUACGUCACCAACUACUACUAUGGAAAUAGCCUGGUGGAGUUCCGUAACCUGGAAAACUUCAAGCAAGGCCGCUGGAGCAACAUGUACAAGCUGCCCUACAACUGGAUCGGCACGGGCCACGUGGUGUACCAGGGUGCCUUCUACUACAACCGCGCCUUCACCAAGAACAUUAUCAAGUACGACCUGCGGCAGCGCUUCGUGGCCUCCUGGGCGCUGCUGCCUGACGUGGUGUAUGAAGACACCACCCCCUGGAAGUGGCGCGGCCACUCGGACAUCGACUUCGCUGUGGACGAGAGCGGCCUGUGGGUCAUCUACCCCGCCACAGACGACAGCGACGAGGCCCAGUCCGAGGUGAUCGUGCUGAGCCGCCUGGACCCUGGCGACCUGUCAGUGCACCGCGAGACCACGUGGAAGACGCGGCUGCGUCGGAACUCCUACGGGAACUGCUUCCUGGUGUGCGGCAUCCUGUACGCCGUGGACACGUACAACCAGCAGGAGGGCCACGUGGCCUACGCCUUCGACACGCACACGGGCACCGAUGCCAGCCCGCAGCUGCCCUUCCUCAACGAGCACGCCUACACCACCCAGAUCGACUACAACCCCAAGGAGCGGGUGCUAUACGCCUGGGACAAUGGCCACCAGCUCACCUACACCCUCCACUUCGUGGUCUGAGUGAGGACCUGUGCCCACAGGAGAGGAGUGGCUGUGGGCAUGGGGGCUCCCCACAGCAACUCCUGCAACGGACUCCCUCAGCAAAUAUUUAUUGGGGGCCAGGCCCGGGGCUAGGUGCUAGGCAGGCUGUGUAGCCAGGAGAAAACUUCCUUAGCACCCAGUGGAAUAACAAUCACUUCCACUCACAGAACACUGUGCCAAGAGCAUCACUGUGCACUAACCCACUUAAUCCUCCCAACAACACCCCUGGAGGGAGAGACAGUUAAGCCCAUUUAACAGAUGAGACUGAGGCCUCAGCUUGGAUCAGGCAGGUCCAUUUUACAGAUGAGGAGAUCUGAACCAUGCUCUCCUCUACCUCCAGUCCCCUCCCCUCUUCCUUUGUUUCUCUUGUUCUUUCAAAUCUGUCUCCCUCCCCAGGGCUACUCAAAACCAGGGGCCUUUGGGACCAACACACUAGUGUUGGGUGGAAGCCCAGUUCUGUGUGCCACCCCAGGCCCCUGUUCUGACUGGGCUGUUGGUGGCCCUGGGCUUUGGGACCCUUGGCUAAUACCCCUGCUCCUUGCCUUUGGCCCGUCCCCCAUACCCACCCCACCCACUGUCGGACCACAUUCCAAACCUCCACAGUCACCCAGCCACUAAGCAGAAACCACACCCUAAGAAAAAAUACCAGCCCCCGUUCCAAGACCCCCUCCCUCUGUACUCAUUUUUAUUUUCUCUUGUUCUUCAUCAGUGCCGUCAUUUGUUUCUGCAGCAGCAGCAGCUGAAAAGACUACAGGCAGCUGCCUGCCAGCAGCAGCUCUACCAGGGUGGGGAACUGGGCCAGGCCCCAAGGCUCCCUCUCCACCCAAAAGUGCUGGAUUUGGCCACAUACCCGGGCUGUGGGACCUCUCCCCAGACCCUCCCAGAGCCUUUGGGCCUGGGGUCCACCUCAUCCUUUCUCUCCAGGCCUUUGAACCCAGUCUAUGUGCACUCAGGGAUACCUCCAGGUCUGCCAUGAGCAAGACCCCAGGCCUGAGGCUGGGUGGUGCCAGGAUGAAACAGGCCCCCUCUUCCUUGUCAGUCCUAACCUGGUCAUUUGGUGUGAUAGCCCAGCAGUCUCGGGAGCUGGCGAAGGCUAAGAUCUGGGCAGUCAGAUCCAGAGGAGAUUUCAGACCUUCUGAUUGCAGGGAAGAGCCAGAGAGAAGCUGGGAGGGAAGGAGAAAGGGGCUGUGAAUCGGACUUUUCCUGGCUUCAGAGAUGUUGGUGUCAGGGCGGCCCUGAGCACAAGACUUGGGGCUGAGGAUGCA